AUGCCGAAGAAAAAGGGAGGCUCCGGGAGCCUGGGCUCGUCUUUAAUCCGCCAUAGAUUCAACCGCGGUUCGGAGUUUCAGCACGCCGACGAGGGCCGACGCCACGUCAUCGCCGCGGCGGAAGCGGCGGCGAAACCGGCGCUGGUGUCGGUGGUGGAUCAGAGCGACCUGGAGGAGCUGCUGACGACUGCUGAGCUGGCAGGGCGGGAGUUUGCCGCCCAAAGAGGCAACGCCGAGAUCAUCUACCUAGAUGGCCAUGAUUUGGGGGCGGCAGGUGGGAAAGGCGGCAGCAUCAGCGAGCGCAGGGAGCAGGAGGAACUUCAUCGGAAGCUUCUUACCAUCCCAAGACGGCCCAAGUGGAGCGCGAGCAUGACGUCAGCAGAGUUGGACGCUAGUGAGAAGGCGGCUUUCCUGGAAUGGAGGCGAUCUCUCUCCGCGGUGGAGGAGAACAACCAUCUGGUGGUAACCCCAUUCGAGAAGAACCUUGACAUCUGGCGACAGCUGUGGCGAGUGCUGGAGAGAAGCCACCUGGUGGUAACCGUGGUGGACAGUCGGGAUCCGCUCUUCUACCGCUGCUCUGACCUCGAAGCGUACGUGCACGAAUUGGGCGUGGGACCCAAACACAGUAACGAGAGCACCAGCACCAGCAGCAGCAGCAGCAGCAAGUCGAAAGACGAGAGCAAUAAGGACUUGGCAGAAGGGAGCAACAGGGACGCGACAGAUGGGAGCAGCAGCAGGGCGGGAGGGGAGGGUUCGCUGAGCCGGACGCUGCUGCUGCUGAACAAGGCGGAUCUUCUGCCUGCUGCUGUGCGGCGGCUGUGGGCGGAGUGGCUGAAAGGACAGGGCGUUGAGUUUGCGUUCUGGUCUGCUAAGGCUGCUGCUGAAGGGGUGGAGGAGGGAGAGGGAGAGGGAGAGGAGGAGGAGGAGGGGGAGGAGGGAGAGGAGGAGGAGGAGGAGGAGGAGGAGGAUGAGAGUGAGGGUGAGUGGGAGGAAGCGGACGGGGAGGAGGAUGAGGAAGAGGAGGAAGGCGGGGAAGCAGUGAUAACGGUGGAGUGUGGUGAUGGUGGGUGGGAAGUGGUGGUGGAUGGGGAGGAGGGGGUGGUGAUGGCAGUGGUGAGUGGGGUGGUUAAGCCGCUGAGCCAUGGGGCAGUGCAGCCUGGGAUGGUGCUGCCAGGUGUGGCCAAGCUGGUGAGUCAUGCGGCAGUCAAGGCUGCUGGGUGUCAAGCACUUGGUGUCGUGAUGGGAAUGGCGGGAGUGGGGUGUGGUGAUGGUGGGUGGGCAGUGGUGGUGGUGAUGGCGGUGGUGAGGGGAGUGUGCUGCCAGGAAUCAAGCACUUGGUGCGGUGAUAAUGGUAGGGUGCGGUGGUGGUGGGUGGGCAGUGGUGGUGGUGAUGGCAGGGGCCAGUGA